UGGGCCCGGGGGGCUGGUAGGGAGGGAGAUGGGUCCGGGGGCAGCUGUUCAGGAGGGAGAUAGGUCACGGGAUGCCGAUCAUGUGUGGAAGGGAGAACUUGGACGCGGCCGAGCGGUGUCUGGGCGGACAAAGCGGGUUGAAAUUUGCAGUGUUCCUGAGCAGGUGUCCUCAGGAUGGCAGCCAUCAACCCAUGGGCCUCCUGGGGUGCCCUUACGGACCAGUCUUGGGGGAUGACGGCUGUUGACCCAUGGGCCUCCUGGGCUCUGUGUCCUCAGGAUCCUGCCUGGCACGUGGAGGGGAACCUCGAGGAGGGGAGGAGAGCCACUGGGCUCCCAGCAGCCCAGGUUCAGGAACCAGUGACCUUCAAGGACGUGGCUGUGGACUUCACCCAAGAAGAGUGGGGGCAGCUGGACCUUGUUCAGAGGACUCUGUACCGCGAUGUGAUGCUGGAGACCUAUGGGCACCUGCUCUCUGUGGGAAAUCAGAUUGCCAAGCCUGAGGUCAUCUCCCUGUUGGAGCAAGGAGAAGAGCCAUGGUCGGUGGAGCAGGCAUGUCCUCAACGCACUUGUCCAGAAUGGAUGAGAAAUCUUGAAAGCAAAACAUUGAUCCCAGCACAGAGCAUUUUUGAGGAAGAACAAUCCCGUGGCAUGAAGUUGGAAAGAUAUAUAUGGGAUGAUCCUUGGUUCUCCAGGUUAGAAGUUUUGGGAUGUAAAGACCAAUUAGAAAUGUAUCACGUGAACCAGAGUACAGCUAUGAGGCAGAUGGUCUUCAUGCAAAAGCAAGUACUAUCCCAGAGAAGCUCUGAAUUCUGUGAACUUGGGGCAGAGUUUAGCCAGAACUUAAACUUUGUUCCAUCUCAGAGAGUUUCUCAGAUAGAACAUUUCUAUCAGCCUGAUACGCAUGCUGAAAGUUGGAGAUGUGACUCAGCCAUAAUGUAUGCAGAUAAGGUUACCUGUGAAAAUAAUGAUUAUGACAAAACUGUUUAUCAGUCCAUUCAACCUAUUUACCCUUCAAGAAUACAAACUGGAGAUAAUCUUUUCAAAUGUACUGAUGCUGUUAAAUCUUUCAAUCAUAUAAUACAUUUUGGUGAUCAUAAAGAAAUUCACACAGGAGAAAAACUCUAUGAAUAUAAGGAAUGCCAUCAAAUCUUUAACCAGAGCCCAUCAUUUAAUGAACACCCAAGGCUUCAUGUUGGAGAAAACCAGUAUAAUUACAAAGAAUAUGAGAAUAUCUUUUAUUUCUCAUCCUUUAUGGAACAUCAAAAAAUUGGUACUGUAGAGAAAGCGUAUAAAUACAAUGAAUGGGAGAAAGUCUUUGGGUAUGAUUCAUUCCUUACUCAGCAUACAAGCACUUACACUGCAGAGAAACCCUAUGACUACAAUGAAUGUGGGACGUCUUUCAUCUGGAGCUCUUACCUUAUUCAGCAUAAGAAAACUCAUACUGGAGAAAAACCCUAUGAAUGUGAUAAAUGUGGAAAAGUUUUUAGGAAUCGUUCAGCCCUUACUAAACAUGAACGGACUCACACUGGAAUAAAACCCUAUGAAUGUAAUAAAUGUGGAAAAGCCUUCAGCUGGAAUUCUCAUCUUAUUGUACAUAAGAGAAUUCAUACAGGAGAAAAACCUUAUGUUUGCAAUGAGUGUGGGAAAUCUUUCAACUGGAACUCUCAUCUUAUUGGACAUCAGAGGACUCAUACAGGAGAGAAACCUUUUGAAUGUACUGAAUGUGGGAAAUCAUUCAGCUGGAGCUCCCAUCUUAUUGCCCAUAUGAGAAUGCAUACUGGAGAGAAACCCUUUAAAUGUGAUGAAUGUGAAAAAGCUUUUAGGGACUACUCAGCCCUUAGUAAACAUGAAAGAACUCAUUCUGGAGCAAAACCAUAUAAAUGUACUGAAUGUGGAAAAUCCUUCAGCUGGAGCUCCCAUCUUAUUGCCCAUCAGAGAACUCACACGGGAGAGAAACCGUAUAACUGUCAGGAAUGUGGCAAAGCUUUCAGAGAACGCUCAGCCCUCACUAAACAUGAGAUAAUUCAUUCUGGAAUUAAGCCCUAUGAAUGUAAUAAAUGUGGAAAAUCCUGUAGCCAAAUGGCUCACCUUGUUAGACAUCAAAGGACUCAUACUGGAGAAAAACCCUAUGAAUGCAAUAAAUGUGGAAAAUCCUUCAGUCAAAGCUGUCACCUUGUUGCUCAUCGGAGAAUUCACACUGGUGAGAAACCCUAUAAAUGUAAUCAAUGUGAAAGAUCCUUUAACUGUAGUUCUCACCUCAUUGCACACCGGAGAACUCAUACUGGAGAGAAACCAUACAGGUGUAAUGAAUGUGGGAAAGCAUUUAAUGAGAGUUCAUCCCUUAUUGUACACCUAAGAAACCAUACUGGAGAAAAGCCCUACAAAUGUAAUCAUUGUGAGAAAGCAUUUUGUAAGAAUUCUUCCCUUAUUAUUCAUCAGAGAAUGCAUAGUGGAGAGAAGCGCUUUAUAUGCAGUGAAUGUGGAAAAGCCUUUAGUGGUCACUCAGCCCUUCUUCAACACCAGAGAAAUCACAGUGAAGAGAAACUGAAUUGAAUUUGCAAGUUUUUUGUUUAUCGUACAUUUUGACAACACAUUGAGGAAAACUCUAUAAACAUAAUCAAGAGGGGACAUUUUUCAUUAAGAGUUCAGUAAGACUUCUCCCGCAUUAUUUACUAGAAAAUGUCUAUCUUAGAAGAAACCCCGUGAAGUAAAAGAAUAGGGAAAAGCUUUCAGCAGUUAUGUAGCCCUUAUUCAAAAUCAGAUAAUUACAAUGAAGAAAACUAAACUCCCCUUACGGUCUACCAGUAAUUCAUACUUGAGAACCGUGACUGUGGGGAAUGAGGCAUCUUUUAGCAAGAGCUCUCACCUACUUGUAGAUUGGUGUGAAUUGCUAAGGGAAAAACCUUAUGCAGAGAAAAGUUUUUGACUGCAAAUACACUGUUUUGCAUCAAGCUGGAGUAUUGGAUGGAAAACUUUACAAUAACAUUUUGUGCAUAAUUGUAGAAAUGCAGAUUUUGUUGUUAUAAGGGGAGGGUCUAGGUGCUCAGGAGUAGAAUAUGAAAUGCUAAAUCUGAAUGUAAGAAAAAUAAUGGUAUUGAAUGGGGUAUUUACUGUUGAUUAACCUCCUUAGAGAAAAUUAAUGAAUGAGAUGACUAAUGGUAGAAAAGUUAUUGCCUAGGAGUAUGAGACUGAUGUUGCUGGACAGAAAGUGAUCCUUAGCCCAGUGUGUCAGCGUCCAUUGUUACUCAUCACUGCAUUGUUGGGCAAUUAGUUUGUAUUUUGUUUUAGGCAAUCACUAUAAAUUAUAAUUAUGGACACUGCAUCAGUAUACAUAACAAAGGAAUAAAAAGGAUACAGAAUUGUAUAUACAUAUUUACUGUAACAGAUCUAAAAACUGUGUAUGGAUAAAGACCUGAAAGAUCCAUGGAAAAAUUAACCCAGUUAAUUUGAGAUUUUUACAAAGUUUUACAAAUACAUAUAACAAUUAUAUACUGGGCUUUAUUUUAAAUGCUUUCCAAGUGUUAACUUGUUUAGUCCCCUUAACUCUAUGAGAUAGAUACUGUUACCCCAGUUUUACAAAUGGGUAAGCCGAAGCAGAGAUGUUGAAGGAUCCUACCUAAGGGGCACAACUAGUAAGGGAGUAGAGCUGAGAUUGUUUGGCUCCAGAGUUCUUGUUUUCAGCCACCAUUUUAUGCUGCCUCGCCAGUGAUUUUUUUUCCAUUUUCUUCAGUGUUUCUAUAGUAGAGAUUUGAUAAUAAAAAGAAAAUCCUAAACAAUGAGGAAUAAA